AUGUCUCAGGAAAGUUUAUCAUUCAAGGCCGAUUGGCAGUUUGUAUCAAAACGGAAGAAGGAAGAACAAGAUGGACGCAUACCAAAGGAGUGGAAGCUGAGCAGCUUACCCGAGGCCAAUGUCAAGAGCUAUACGGAUAUACCACACAAGUCCGGGAUUCUAACCAAGAAGGAAUUGGACAUCACCGAAAAUUACGAUGCUGUCGCGCUGGCCGAAGCGAUCAAGGCCAGGAAACUAAUGUGCAUUGAUGUAACGAGAGCCUUUUGUAAAAGAGCGGCAAUUGCCCAUCAACUCACAAAUUGCCUUACGGAGGUCUUCUUUGAUGAUGCGCUGAAGAGAGCUUCGGAACUUGACGACCAUCUAGCAUCAGGAAAAGCACCUCUUGGACCUCUGCACGGUGUGCCUGUCUCUCUCAAAGAUACGUUUAGAGUGCGUGGUUACGAUGCUUCUAUUGGUCUCGCAGCCCUUUGCUUCAAGCCAGCGGAAGAAAACUCAGUCCUCGUCGAUUGCUUGCUGGGCGCUGGAGCAGUCUUGUACUGUAAGACAAAUGUACCCCAGACGCUCAUGGCUCUGGACUCCCACAACAAUGUCUUUGGGCGCACUAUCAACCCACUCAAUACCGCUGUAACCGCUGGCGGAAGUUCAGGGGGAGAAGGAGCAUUGAUCGCAAUGCGCGGCUCGGUAUUAGGUGUGGGUACAGAUGUUGGCGGUAGUAUUAGGAUACCAGCCAUGUGCGAUGGAACCUUUGGUAUCAAACCUAGCUGGGAACGCAUACCCUACGCCGGCCAAGAGGGUGGUAUGCUGCCUGGAGCGACGAAAAUUGGUAUUCCAGCCAGUGCUGGGCCGCUCGCCCACACUAUGCGCGACGUCGAACUCUUCUUCUCCGCAGUAUCAACACAGCAACCCUGGGGAAUGGACCCGGAUGUCGUGCCAUCACCAUGGUCUUUCUUGUCCACAACACGAAAGAAGUUGAGAAUUGGUGUCGUCAGAAGAGAUGGAGUCAUCGAACCGCAUCCUCCAAUCCUGAACAUCUUAGAUGAAGUCAAAGACAAAUUGAAGAAGUCCGGAACUGAGGUAGUUGAGAUGGAUAUUACGCCACUUUUCUCACAAUGCCAAUCUCUCGCUAACGCACUUUUUGGUGUUGAGGGCGGAAACGCAAUGUUCGAUAUCCUGGAGUCCUUCAAAGAGCCUCUCUCACCUUGGUUAUCCACACGGCUCAAGCGUAAGAAAGCCAUGGAGCUUCCCAAAGUCCAGCAACUCCACGGUAAACGUGAGCAGUUACGAAAGAAGUUUUUGCAGAUCUGGAAAGACCAGCAUGGCGAGAUAGAUGCCUUUAUCUGUCCUGUUGCGCCACAUCCUGUGCCGCCCAUUGACCGCUACAACGGUGUUAGUUACACUAGCUCCUUCGUGCUGUUGGAUUACCCGGCGGGUGUUGUGCCAGUAAGAUCAUUCGGAACGGCAGAUAUGGAGGGAGAGAUGGCGGACACAAAGCCAUUAGGCAGCUGGGAUAAGGCAAAUAGAGAGCUUUGGGCUGACUUCGAUCGAUCGAUCUACCUUGGAACACCACUUUGCGUACAAGUCGUUGCACCAAGGUUGCAAGAAGAAAAACUUGUCCAGGCUAUGUCUACUAUCGACGAUGCGCUAAAAGGCUCAACUCGGCUUGACGCGAAACUGUAA